GCUAAUCAGAUAUCGUCUGCUGAAGCUCUCAUCAAAUCAGCCACACGUUUCUUCUCAAUCCCCUCCCUUUGAUUUGACGCCUAUUUCUUUGAUUUUCUCCAUAUAUAAAACCCCCCAAACUUUAUUCAGUCACAACAUGUUGAAACCCGUCUCAAGAAUUUGAUUGGCGACUUUUAUUUUACCUACCGAUUGUGGCUGUGUUCAUAUACCUUGGUUUCUACCAAUGCUCCGACGUUUAUGCGCUUAUUUUACGCAGAAACGUGUAAUGAAUUGAAAAACGAGGGUUAGGAGUGCUUGAAUUUUAACCGUUUUGAUCGAAAAUGUUGUCCGUUUGCUCAGCAACCGCCACCUGCUCUUGUUAUGCAAAGGUUCCUAUCAAUGGAGGAUUGAAAUCUGUAUCUCAUAACUUGAACUUAUCUGAUUUCAGCAGUAAUAAUGCUGAGAAAUCAGUUUUAAAUAUCUUGAACCGGUCCCAUAUCGAUCAAGUUUCGAUUAAGACGCAACCUGCUUCAUCUUUGUACACUAACUAUGUCGAUGGUUCGAUGGACACAAUCAAUCAGUUGACAUAUCCAAAUGGUUUAGGAAACCUGAAACAUUUAGGACCAAUCAUGUAUAUAGAUAGCUCAAGCAAUUCGGCGGGAGAUGAUCAGCUAUUGGGCUUUGUGAGUGAUACAAUGGAAACUGUCGAGAGUGUACAAGUUGAUUCUCCUCCAGUGUCGUCAAACAUUGAUGUUAAUUCAUCUUCUGGUCAGGAAGUAACCGUUGCUGAUGUUGUGUCCAAAGUGAAUCAGUCUGUUACCGAAACAAUUAAGGGAGGCGAGGAUUUUCUGAACAACUUUGUUGAUACCGUCACCUCGUCAGUCACAACUACUUUUACAGAUGCUAAAGAAGCAGUUGAUAGCAUCAUAAAUGAUGUCGUCUCCUUUGCUAAUAAGUCCGGUGAAUCAGCUAAUAAUAAGCUCACUGGAUUAGCUGGCGGGGCGAAGGAUGUAUCUGGAAAAGCAGGAAGUGCAGCACUUGAUGUGUUAAGAAACACGACAGUUGUCAUUGAGAACUCUCUGAUAGAGGGGGCGAAAACUGUUGGAUAUGCUUAUGGUUCAGCUAAAGAGUUUUUGCCCCCUGAUUUCCGUGACGCUCUUAAAUUAUCCGAAGAAAGUAUUCUGAGAGUACUGAAUCCUGCUGGGGCAGCUCUUCAACAGGUUUACGUGGUGGUGGAAGGUUUCGAGAAAAGCCUUGGUUUGGACCCUAAUGAUCCACUUAUUCCACUUGCCCUUUUCGUUGGAGCGACAGCUACUUUGUGGGGUUCUUAUAGGGUGUUAAGAUACAGUGGAUAUGCCGGAGACUUAUCACCGAAGUUAACUUUUGAGCUGCUACGUGGAAAAGAGAAAGUUGCACUCAUCGACAUACGGCCUGAGAAUCUCAGGGAAAAAGAUGGCAUUCCUGACCUUCGAAGGGCAGCUCGCUCUCGAUAUGCCAGUGUAACACUCCCCGAGAUUGAUGGAUCUGUUAAAAGGCUGCUGAAAGGGGGGAGAGACAUUGAGGACUCUUUGCUUGCUAUUGUUAUUCGCAACCUUAAAAUUGUCGAAAAGAGGAGCAAGGUUGUAGUUAUGGAUGCCGAUGGAUCUCGUUCGAAGGGCGUUGCAAGGACACUGAGCAAGCUUGGAAUAAAGAGACCGUAUCUAGUCCAAGGCGGCUUUCGUUCUUGGGUGAAUGAAGGCAUUCGUGUUAAAGCAUUAAAGCCUGAGACAGCGUUUACAGUACUCAAUGAGGAAGCUGAAGCAAUCUUGGAGGAAAUUAAUCCAACACCAUUGAAACUUCUUGGGUUUGGACUGGUUGUAGCUGUUGCAGCUUAUUCGGCGAUAGAAUGGGAAAGAACUCUGCAAUUCAUUGGCAUUAUCGGCAUUGGACAGACUGUGUUCCGGCGAGUUGCUUCUUACCAAGAUUCAGGCGACUUUACGCAGGAUGUGAGGCUGCUGCUAUCUCCGGUAAAACUUGGAGGCGAGGCGAUUUCGUGGGUAGCCGGGAAGUUAGAAACGAACAUUAAUGGAUUGCCGAUGUCUCCAUCGUCGUUGGAUGUCCAAAGCAGGGUGUUGCAGGCAGCUGCAAAACAUGAAUCUCAGCCAUCUGAUGGUGAAGAUCCACAAGAUCCAUCUUCUCAAAUGGCUUCUGGCAGUGACAAUGUCAAAGUAUCUGAAGCUUAGGAUGAAGCUUUUGACACAAUGUAAGUAUCUCUAUAUGUAUAUAUGUUUCAUUGUUAUAUAUAUAUAUAUAUAUAUAUAUAUUCUUGGAGGAUUUUUUAUUUUAUUUUAUUUUAUUUAAAAAAAAACUAAUUUUGUUUAGUACAUGUUCUACUUUCCUUCUGGUAAAGUUUGCAAGAUAUGUAUAUUAUGCAUACACAACAAGCUACCAACACUAAUUUAUUGUUAAUUUUAAUUCGCUAUAAUUGAAAGUCA